GAUCCGGUAAGGCAAAGGCAGUGGAUUGCCCUCAUUUCCAGCUCUGGCAGAAUCCAGUUCAUUCUGUUGUUCUCAUGCAUAAUGGAGAAUGCCACUUCUUAGGGAUAAACAGAAUGCCUUGAGUGAGAUGGACUGAGCAUGGGUUUGAAAUCUACCUGCUGUUUUAGAGGCAGGUGGCAGGAUAUUGUACCACUCUGUAGGGUUCAUUUUGUUUCCCUAUUAACGUACCAAGCUCACAUCAACGUAUUAGCACGUCGUCACUUUCAUGUGUCAAUGUUGAGAUGGUAGUAUACCCCGGAUGUAAGGAUCGGGAUGGUGUUUGUUUUAUGUGGUGCACACAAUCAGGUCUUUAAAUUAGAUUGUCACCACUCAACACCCCCCCCCCCCCCCCCACCCCACCCCACAACUACCUUGAUCGUCACUAAAUCUGAUUAGGAAGCUAAGACACUGGAGGACGCUAUUUUGGUCUGUCCAGGGAGACUUGUUGCAAUGUAAUAAUCAAUGGUAAAUGGCAAUAUUUCAGACCCUUGGUGCCAAUGCCAUCUUAUUAUAGCAACAUCAUUCCUAUAUUUGAAGAAAAUACAGAUUUGAAUGGUGAAUGUUAUAUGCUAUGGUUUCCUGUCUUUAUUUCUGAAUAGACAUUAAAUCGGAUCGUCAUUCUCACAAUUUUUCCUCUUUCGUUCUAGGGAAACGAAGCAAGUUAUCCCUUGGAGAUGUGCACACACUGUAAGUAUUUGAGAUUAUGGCUGGCAACUUCUCCAACACUGCUGUCUGUGAUUCAAACAAUAUCAGCUGUGGGCUGCCCUGUAUGUAAUAUUCAGAUAUGACUGGAGUUUAAUCUUAAUUUCUGCAUGUGAGAGAAAAAAACGUGUUUGUUCAUUUGAUUGACCGAGAACUAUUUUGAUGUCAAAAGUUUAGGCUUUGGGAUUGCAUUGUCUCUGGUUUAAAGAGUCAACUCAAAGGCCAGAAUCUACCAUGGGCGUUGCAGUUCACAAAAGUCUGGGACACUUAAGCGGUAAACAACUGGUCCGGCCGGGGGAAUCAAUAUGACAGCCAACGUUGAGCAGACCAAUAUAUACAUCGCCGCACGCUAUACUGCAUUCUUCAGGCCUCCGUCCUUCACAGUGUGACCCAGUCUCAGACGCUGCUGGGAGGCGUGAGCACUUUGCUGCCACGGCUAAAAAUGCCUCCCCCCUCAUAAAGGUCAGUUUCAGGGCUUGUGGGAGAGCCUUGUUUAUUUUUAGUCUGAGUAAUAUUCCAUUUUUAAUUGGUUUGUCGCCCUGCUGUGCCAUCCCCCCCACCCUCAUCAAUCCCCCCACCCCUCAAGAGAAAAGGGGGCUAAUUAGAGUUUCAGGACUGAACUUUCUGGCACUACUUUUUCGGGAACUCCCUCCUGUGGAGGAUUGUGGCGUGCAGAGCCGGAGCUCGGACGUCAAUGUUGGCCGGUGUCGAGUGUGUUCUGGUGGGGUGGGAAAACAGCGCAGGGCGCCCACCUCUGCACCUCCCUAACGAGCUGUUACGACGGCACUUGUUACUUUACUUGCCUUGAAACCCUGAACAAUCUCCCUGUCUCUGUUUCUCCCCACCCAGUGCCCAGUCUUGUACAGAAUGUGUUUGGUUGGAAAAGCAAAUGCCAAACGCUCAGUUUUCAAUCAUUUUGAGAGAGACCGGACUAUAACGUAGGACUUUGGCAAGGGUGCAAGUAGACGGUUCAACUUUCUGGAGUUGAUUUAGAGGUCCCACUUCAUAAAGACUUGCCACUUUGAUGCUGGCCUCAGUUUUACAUUUUCUCAAACAGCUUGGGCUUAUGGACCAGCUGACACAACCCCUACCAUCAAAACACACCUGUGUUUCAGAGUCCUGUCUGGGUUGUGCACCUGCAGGACAAUAAAAACCAAAAGACUUCAACAGGUGUCUCAAAUCUCAGCCAGCCGAUGGACUUCCCCACAUUGGGAUAUUUUUGGGAGUCUACCACCCCCACCCUCCUGGGAGCAGGGCGUGGGGCAGCUGUUCACCGUGUCAAGAAGGCGCACAGCCUUAAAUCAGCUGUGCGCUCUGAGCUGGCAGCGUCUGAACACUGGUAGCUCACCCAGAUCCCUGUCUUGGUCCACUAGUCAGGGCGUUCAUUAGUAGACCCCUAGAAUGCUGGUCAGUUCAGUGUUUUUUACCCCAAAUGGUAAAAGUUGGAUAUGGGGAAGGGGAAGCUGAUCCUAGCAGAGGGGAAACGUCUACUCGGAGGGUUGGGUGACUCCCUGUGCACGGCUGAAGCUGGGGCUAAACAGAAAACACUCUACUGGUCCUACAAAGACUGUUUUUUGCUUCAAGAAAACAACAUGGUGACUCCCUGCAUAACACCUUCAAUUGAGUUGCAGACUUCCGCUUUUCUGUAGUAGUACCCACUAACUGUUCAAAAACUAUGACCUGCUGCUCAAUUAGCCCUCUGAAGUAAAUUGUAUCGAAAUGAUUUGAGAUGCAUCAAGAGAGUAAAAAGACAGAAUCUAGUCAGUCUUUAUUCAUCCCCCCCCCCCCCCCCCAAAGUCUUAGCAUCUGCUGAGAGCUUUGGGCGUGUCGUAAGGAGCACCAGUCAAGCAUGGUGAUGCAGCAGAAUGAGCUACAAACCAGCACUUCAAGAAAAACGAACUUCUCAUAUAUUGUAGAGAGACAGAGCUGAGAGGAUUUAUUCGGCUGUUUGGGAGAGCUGCAGUGCUUUGAUGCGCCUCAGUGGGUGCUGCUUUUUCAGUAAGAUCAGCAGCGUGACUGGCACACAUGUAGGAGGGGUUGUGUUUCUGCGGCAGUGAAAUUAAGAGAGAUGGCAGCCCAUUUGAGAUGGCACUCAUCGUAGCCCCUUCACGUAAAUGGCGGCGUAGUCACCGCUGCUGCCUCAUUAUCUGCCUCUUGUCAGAUGCGUGUUUGGUUUAUAGGUGUGAUGUUGGCUAGCUUGCGUAGCCGUUAUAUCUCACUAUGGGGGGGGGGGGACGACAUGAUUUGUUUACAGGUCUCUAGAGCAAACCAGUGUCUAGAAUGACUAUAAAAUUACUAUUUAGACUCUUAUGGGGCUACAUCUUGACACCUGCCUGAAUGCUAGUAACACUAACAUAACAAAUUGUUGAUAAUCCAUUUGUGGUGGUAACCCUGUUCCUAAAAUAUCAUAACCGGGUCUUGAUUCAUGAGGACUCGAAGACCGUCUCAGAACGCUCAAGCGCACACUUGACUGCCCUGGCUUCAGCAUUAGCCUACUUGCUGUUGUGUAUGUGUGGUCAUUGGUUGUGAGGGAGAUAAGGCCCAGUGAGCCGAAUUAUGAAACCUAUGUGAAUGUAACACGUCGUCUCCUCCUGCAGCUCAGUUUGUGUUGAAAGCCUCUCCAGCUGGCUGUCUGACUGCAGCCCUCAAAAUACCCUCCCUCCCCUUCUGUAUGUUAGCUAGCAGGGCUUCCUUGUUGCUAGGGGUUUCCCGAGGGGAGGGCAGCACCAGCCAUUUAGCUGUGUGUGUGUGUGUGAGAGGGGUGUUUCUUACUGCCUUGUGGCUAUAAAUACUUUUUUCCUCUAUCUAUUUGAGCUACACUCGUGGACAGAAUAGUACACAGCACUCUCUGGCAUAUGCUGUUGUGCCAGUGUAAUUGAAUUAAUGCAGUGCUGUUGGGGCCUGUGCCUCUGCAGCUGUAUUUUUGUGUCCCCGCUAAAGAGGUUGUGUCAGGGGAGGAGCUAUUGAGGUAUUUUUUUAUCUUUUCUCAGUUAGUCUAGAAACGUAUAUACAAGAGUCAGUCCAUCAUUAACGCUGAAAUUAUUCAGUUUAUAAGUUAAAUCAGUUUAAAUAAAAUGAUCAUCAAUGGGCUGGCUAUAUCCAAAUUAUUUUCAAUGGCAUCCUUCCUUGUCUCAAUGUUGGACUACUACUGAAGGGCUUUUGGGGGCUGGAAAAGAGCGCAUUAGGCAUCACUUUCCGGCUUAUAUUGAUUUGUCUUCAAUUCAUUCUCAAUUUAAUGAAUAAGGUUCUUAGUGUAGAGAUAUGAAAUUACCAAUGUAUAAGCACCUGUUUCCUGGUAGUUUCACGUAGCCAUCCAAAAUGUUGUAUUAACAACAACAUCUAGAAUGGGCUGCUUGAUUCCAGCGGCUACAUUUUGAUUGGAUGUUAGAUUUCAAGAACCCUCCCCCCACACGCCUGUAGAAAGGCGCUGCGUGUUUGUUUUCUGAUUUAGGUAGGACACAUUUUGCAGAGUUGUAUGCUAGUUUGCAACAUUGCAUAAAAUGGAAGAAAACCUAGAGUAAAAACUGAAUUCUGUUUUGCCAGAGGUGUGCUCUAUACACAAAAUCGAGUCGAUGAAGGCAUUACAACUUCUCUGCUUGAACACUCUACAAAAAAAGGGCGAAGUUAUAAGUGGGAACCUUUUUGGAGCUCCGCCCAAGCAAGGAAUUUGAUUGGUUUGACGUGUUGUGAGACGUCACUGUGUUUCCAACAAUUUUUUGCUACUUUCUACCAUUUGAUUUCACCAAGCUUUCCGUAUAGGCAAGCCUAGUUCUCGAUGAGGCUAUUUGCCAGGUAACAAGUGUGGUGUAAAUUUGACAGGUUCUAGCGUUGUAAAAGAAAAAUGCUUUUGUAUCCAUCUAGCUGGAAGCAAGCAUGAAUAUUAACCAUGAACCAAGCAAAAUUUGACAUUACUUAUCGUUUAAAAUAAUGUUCUACUUCUCUUUAGCUGGAGUUGAAUUGAAGCAUUUAGUUUAUAUCUGUAUUAUUUUAGAAUUAGUGCUGACCUUGUAUUGGCUUUGUUAUCAGCGUUUGGAACUGCAGCGCCCCCUGGCAGUGAGGGAUCUGGGGAAUUUCCGUUAUCUUUAUUGAGCGAUGCCCUGCCCACGUCGAAAGGUGCUGCCAACAUUGUCGAUAACACCCUACAACAGGAAGUUGGGGUGACUGGGAAAUCUAUCUAAUGGCCGCAAACUAAGCUGUCCCAUGUCGUAAAAGUCAGUUCAUUCAUAUAGGCCGGCCACUUAGCCAUGCUAAGCCCAAGGGAAUGCUCACAUAUAGAUGUAAAAGGGCAUCAGUUUUCAGUGUAACGCUGUAUUGGCACUGCACACAUAGCCACCAAAGGGUUAUUGGAGUUCUUGUGACACCCCACUCACUUGUGUUGUGGUACAUCUAGUGGUGGGUCUCGGUUAUGGCAGCAGUUGGUUCCUACUUGUUAAGCCUGUCAUCAUGGUACAACACUGCUGACUAAGACACAACUGCCAUGUCGAGGUGCCCAGAGGAGCGGCUCAGCAAACCCAAACCAUAUCGGGUCAGAGAGAAACUCAGGAUUGCCUGUAACUGUCAAAUAAAGCUGAUGCAAAAGACCUUGAGUCUGUAGAUAUGAAUUGUGCCUCUAAGACUGAUAAAAAAUAGCUUGUUAUUUACAGUGAGACUCUGUAAGUGAUUAAUACUAGUGCAAGGUUGAUCAUAUUAACAAACUGCUGGAAUAUUAUUUAUCAUAUAUGUAGAAUUAUAUGUAUUGUAUGAGCCCCCUUUGAUAGUCCUUGGUUGGAGGCCUUAAAAAUGAUAUGGUGUUUUAAACGCUAAACAGAGAACUGGAUCAAGCAUUGUGCUGCACAGAGCAGCAGCAGGGGAAAGGUUCAUUCUUUGAAGUCCCGCCCCCUCACAGCUCACACUUAGUCUCACUUAAGUCCACCUCAUGCUGUUGUGUCCACGUUACGAUUAAUGGAUAUCAGUCCAGUGAUUAGUGUGUAAAGGAGGCGUCACGUGACCCAGUGAAAGCGCUUAGAGUGGGGGAACCGAAAGGUACGCUGCUACUGGAGCUGAAGGUUGGCCACCAGUAUCAAACGACACUAGGGUAGCUUGGGACAGCUAUGAUAUGGCCAGCGCUCACAAGAAAUCGGGUAAGAAUCCAUCGGGGACGGGUGAAAUCGAUUCUAAAGGCAGCGAAGGACCAUAACACCAGAUGUAAGUGACCGUGGCGAAAGUGUGCUUCCGAAACCCAGUGUGGUGGUGGUAGUAGCUACCCUAGCAAAUGGAGUCUGCUGUGGAAGUUUUGUUCCCCUAUAUGUGAAUAGGUCAGUUUUAACACCACCCUUCUCUCGCUCUCUCUCUCUCUGUCGCUCUCUCUUUCUGUCUCUCUCUGUCGCUCUCUCUUUCUCUGUCGCUCUCUCUGUCUCUCUCUCCUUUUCUAUUUCAGUUGAUGCUGAUGAGAUUAAGAGGCUAGGAAAGCGAUUUAAGAAACUCGACCUAGAUAACUCUGGCUCCUUGAGUGUGGAAGAGUUUAUGUCCUUACCAGAACUCCAACAGAAUCCCCUUGUACAGCGAGUUAUCGAUAUAUUUGACACAGAUGGCAAUGGGGAAGUCGACUUCAAAGGUAAGACUGAUAUGGGGUUAUUCACCUUUUUAAAAUUAUAACUUCAAAAGAGCCUUUGUUGUCUGGUCUCUUUUGUGUAGGCUCUCCUUGUGGAUAAAGACAGGUGCUGUUUCACCUUGAAAUUAAAUCACCAACCAAAUUCUUAAAUGUAUAAGUUUUUUUCCAGGAAGUGUUAGCCUGCAAUAUGAUUUAUGCUGACCUACUUAAAUCAGAAAAUGCCUUAACAGUUGUGAAAGAGUUUGUUGUGCCGUUGGGCAUUUUCCUCGAAAGCACCCGCUGGCUCUUAUACAACUGAGUGAAUGGAAUAAUGAUCCGAUGUGUAUUCAUGUCCUUGUUACUGUCCUUAAUUGUUGGUUGACUCAAAAUGGCUUCACGUUCUUUUACAGAAUUCAUCGAGGGUGUCUCCCAGUUCAGUGUCAAAGGUGAUAAAGAGAUGAAAUUGCGCUGUAAGUAUAAUGCCAACUAAUCUCAACUGCUUUCACUGUAAAGUUUCCUCUGAUUACCCACCUUUGUUGAUACACCAAUGCUGAGCUAAUAAAGCAAAUGUUUAUGAUUUGAUUUCCUGUUAAAAAAUUAUCCACCUUCUCGGAUGUUCAGAAGUUCUUCCUUCAAAAUCCUCAAAAUAUGCAUAUUGGCAGAUCAUUCCAAUGAAGCUGCAAUGAAAACCUCUUCAAAUAGAGGUCUGACACAAUCUUUUGUCUUUCCUUAUCCUAUAGUUGCGUUCAGGAUCUAUGACAUGGACAAGGAUGGUUACAUAUCCAAUGGAGAACUCUUCCAGGUCCUCAAGAUGAUGGUGGGAAACAACUUAAAGGACACCCAGCUUCAGCAGAUUGUCGACAAAACCAUCAUCAAUGCAGACAAAGACGGCGAUGGGAGAAUAUCCUUUGAGGAGUUUUGUGCGGUGAGUCGAAGAAACAAUGUUUUACUCUGUUGUAGGGUUGCACAUUUCCUGAAACUUUCCAUAAAAUGUUUUUAAGUUUUUGAGAAAUCCUAUUUGGAGGAUUUCCGGAACCAGUAGGGAAUAAUCAGGGAAGAAAUCCUCCAAGGAUUUAUUCUAAAAACUCAGAACUUUCUGAAAUGUUGCAAUCAUAUUCCCAUGAUCGCGGUGCAUCACUUCUGUUAAAAUCCAAAGGUGUCUGUUGCAUCCGUGACAGUUUCUUGCCCCUCCUCUGUCUUCCAUUAGGUGGUGGGAGGAUUAGACAUACACAAAAAGAUGGUUGUGGACGUGUGACUGACCUCACGGGCCCCCUCAAAACCCCUUUUCGCUUUCUUCUCCAUUUCUGAGGAUCUGCUCAAGGCGUCAUCCAGCAACGCUCUCUGUGUAUUUUUCAAUGGAAGUAUUUUUCUCUGUGAAGCCACCUUUUUCCAACCUGAGCCUUCUGAAGCCAACCAUUUUUAAGUGUUAUUGAACAUGAAUUCUCUCAAUAACCCGGUGUAGCACUUUAAAAGCCUGAAGGACAGCUUUUUAUCGUUGAGCGAGUAUUUCAGUUUGGUGGAGGAAGGUUAGUGUGUUUCUUUUUCUUUCUUUUUGAGGCAGUUGGGAUUUUUUUAUAUUUAUUUUGGUCUUGGCUUUUUUGGGAGGGAUGUGUAUAGCUAGCUGUGAUGUAACUUGACUUCAACACAACACAAAAAUAGAGCAUGAAGUGCCAAUCAGAACAUAUAAUAAACCGGUUGAAUAUAAUGGUAUAUAUCUUCUAUCAAAAAUUCGGUAUAAUUGCUUAUUUCAACGUGCAUACUGCACGAUUCAAACAAUCCGAUUACAUUUUCAGGGCUAAUGCUUUUCCUUCUUCUACUUUCACUCAAUAUUUUGAACAGCUAAGUUUAAGAUCAUGUAAGACAGCUUUUUUAAUAAGGGGGAUUGUACACUAUAUAUGUUUAUAUUGUCAGGGACAUCUAUCAUCUUGCUUUUGAAGAUGGAGUGGAGUAGAGAAAAUAAUAUUUACAUUUCUGCACAUACAAGCUUACGGUUUACUUCAAGUCUUUUUUGAGUCACUGGUUGGUUAUGCAAAUACUUUUCACCUUAGUCUCUUAUUCCAACAAAAAGCACGUCUUUAUUCUGGAAGUUAUGACAUCACAGGCCAUUAGAAUAUUCUCGUUAAUGUGUUUUGUAUUUAUUGCUUUAACGUCAGCCAUGUUAAGUUACAGAUAUGGAUUGGUUACAGACUAUCAUAUAGAAGUAGAGAUGAGUGCUUUUGGUUUAAAUGUUUGUGAUACGGUAAAUCUAGCUUUUUUUGGGGUUGUAUUUACCAACUUAACUGCAGGCAGAGCUGAGGUAACAUUGAGAGAUGUUAAGUUGGUUAGGCUUAUGAGAGGCGUUGAUUUCAACGUACACAUUUUGUCUUCUUGACAACGUAAUUUGGUUAUAUUUCAUGAACAUCUUUAAUUCGGUUUCUCAAACAU